UACAGGAUUCAUAUAGUUUAACCAAGUAUAUCCAUGGCUUCCUUACCUUUUUUCCUUUGUGCUCUCCUAACUUUCUCAUCAAUAUCUUUCCAUGGAAUCUCCGCUGUGAAUUUCGAGGUGAUUAACCUGAACCCCCAACACGCAGGUGCCAUCAAGUUCGAGAAAAUAAUUGGUGGGGUUCCGUUCACUAAAAAAUUAAUGGCUCAGAUCAACCAGUAUAUAUGGUCCAACAUCUUGAAACAAAACACCGCGGCAGACCAAAAACCCCAUACCACUGUAACACUUUUCAUCAAGGAUUUUAUUGGGGGCGAAGCAAUCACUUGGGGCGAUAAUUAUAAAUAUAUUAAUGUUAGUGCGGUUUAUUUACGGGAUUACAACGGGCCAAUGGAGUUGAAAUGGGAAUUCAUUUCCCUUUUACACCAUGAAAUGACCCACGUUUUCCAAUGGAAUGGAGAGGGUAAGACCCCUAUACCUUUGGUUGAAGGGAUUGCAGAUUAUACCAUCUUGAAAGCAAAUUACUUUCCACCGGGCUUUAUGAAGCCCGGUGCAGGAGAUAAAUGGGACCAGGGGUAUGAUUACACAGCCCGUUUUCUUGAGUACUGUGACGGGCUCGUUCCAGACUUUGUGGCAAAGCUUAACAAAAUGAUGAGGAAGACUUACGACGUCUCGUUUUUCAAAAAUAUAACAGGAAAGCCUGUUGAGAAAUUGUGGGCAGAUUACAAGGCUAAAUAUGCGAAGAAGGCUGUUGAAGAAAUACAAGGGUAAACAUAUAUAUGUCAUUGCAUGGUGUGUAUUGUGAACGUCGUGAAAUAAAUGAAUAAUCAUGUUUUUAAUUCGGUAUUAAAUUAACAAAGUACGCCCGUUUGGAAUAUAAUUUCAACUU